CGGCAUAUGAAAUGCGCAAACAAGCGGCAUAACUCACUUCCUACUUUCUUUUCGUUGCUUUUCUUCGGUUUUCCCAAGGAAGCAAUACGUGGAAAAUGGCAAAAAUCAACCCGUGUUUCAAGAAAACUUUUGUUGUCUUCAAUGUCCUUUUUGCUGUGUUUGGCUUGGUUAUCUUGGCAGUGGCUGGCCUGGUUCAUCUCUUCUUGGAAGAGUUUGAUGAGAAGUGGAGCGUAGUGCUCAGCCUGUAUGUGACAGGAGGGGUCACCUUCAUCAUCGCUACGCUGGGCGCUUAUGGCGCUCACACGGAGAAUAAAGGUCUUCUGAUCGCAUUUUUCACUUUGAUGUGUACUGGAACUGUCAUUCUCUUCCGGGUAGCGGUUCCAGUAGCCAUCUUCCGCUCGGAGAUGAUCUUAACUAUGAAGACCGAAAUGAACCACUUGGUGCCACUGGACCGCACCAGGCCAAAUGUUCAGCACAUGCUUGUCAUGUUUCAGAAGACGUUCCAGUGCUGUGGAUUCUUUAAUGGCUACCAGGACUGGGGAGAGGAAGUUCCUGACUCAUGCGACUGUGUUUCCACAUAUGUCCACCCCGAUGAGUGUCAGCAGAUGACCUCUGUCUCUGCAUACAAGAGGAUAUUUCAACUCUCGAACAAAAGCAGGAUGGUCUACAAAGAGCCAUGUGGCCCCGUGCUGAUGCAAUACUUGGACAAGAUCUAUAGUAGCAUCCUGGGAGUGCUGUUUGGCCUGGCGGCUUUGGCUUUGUUGGGAACGGUGAUGUCACUUGCGAUGAUCAUCCGUGUUAGCGCUACUGGACACAGCCCUCUGCCCACCUUUGGCGUCAGCUACAUACCACCAAAAUACUCAGUGCUCGAGAAGAAUAUCAAGUAGAUCCAGAGAAGCACUGUGCGCUUGAACUUGGAGGGAGUCUAAAGAAUCCCAGUGUGCAGCAUGAAGCGUGCAGGAUGGUUCUCCAGAUGUGGCUUGGGUGUAUUGUGAUGGGGCAUUUGGUCUCGCUCCAGAGCGCAUUUCUGCCCACUAAAAGGGACGGAUCUGCUUGUAACUGCUUUUGAUGCAUUUUCAUUUAUAUUCUUAAACUUGAUCAAGCAUUAUUGUAGAUCAGGUGUUUUUUAUGUGUGUUGGAAAGUAAUAAAUUGCACUUUUUCUAGUUUUUGCUUCUUUCUACCUGUGAGUGACCUGUGAGGGUUAGGGUUAGUGUUAUAGGGUCAGUUAUAGGGUCAGGGUUUAUCUUAUGAUAAACUCAGAUUAAUCAUGGUCACAGUGUAAACAACACAAGAUAAUAUAAGAAUGUAUUUUGGGGCACAAACGUUUGUAAUUGUAAGAUGGCAUGUAUAAAGUUGAGCAAUUAAUGCAAUAAAUUCUACUAUAAACCUUA